AUGGUAACAUUGAUUAUUGAUCGUGCAUGGAGUUAUAUUGCUGACCAAUUCGAUGCUCAAGCUAGUAUACACAACAAUCUUGGCUCAGCUAUAACUGAUGAUAUUGUACAACCACUUCGGGCUAUUUUUAAUUCUCAACAAAGGACAAUUCGUGCUACGGAACAAUUAGCAAAUCGUGAAUUGCGUUUUUUGACCUCCAAACGUGAUGAAUUAUCAAAAAUUAAACGUCUAUUGCAUAGCUCAAGCCGUGACCUUGAAAAGGUUGAACAGUUAAUUGACAAUGAUCAUAUGUCGAAUAUUAAGUUAUCAGUUAGAAAACGGAAAUUGUUAGAGCAAGUGAUGAAACAGGAACAAACAUACAUUGAAGAAACGAUAUCAACGGAACGACAACGGCGCGUAACGGAUGGCAUACUCCGGAAAGGUGUUGAGUAUUUGGAAGUUGUUGAAAAACAACGUUUAGCACAUUGUCAAACAGCGCUUGGACGAUUUCAACGGAAAAUUUCUCAAUUAGGACCAAAUUUAAAUAUGAUGUUUGAACGUUGUAUGAAUGCAUUGAAUGAAGCUCUCAAUGCGGAACCAAACGAACAAAUUUCAAUGUUAGCACCAAUUUCGUCAACAAAUCACACAAUUUAUUUGUGUGAUUUUCAUGCAGAAAAUUUUGCUGAAAUAAUAGGUGGACAACGACGACGUUGGACAUUGGAACGAAUUAAUGCAGUACUUCAUCAGUAUUUGAAGAAUACUCAAUUAGAAGCUAAUCCAAUGUUACCAUCAUCAAUUAAUAUUAGUUAUGUGGAAUUUUUGGAAUUUUUAAUUUAUAAAAUAAACGAAGCAUUGAAAAAUAUCGAUGGUGAACAGAAUAGAGAAUAUCAUCGAUUAGCACGUUUCCAGCAAAAACUUAAAGAUAAAAUGGGUUUGGCGCAAACGAUAUUGACAAUACCUUUAGAUGAAUUUGAAAAUGGUGAAAAACCAUCUGCGCCAAGUUUACCAACAACAUCAAGUAUAGAAGAUGAAAUUGAACCAAUUGUUAAUGAAACACGUGAGCCAUUAGAACAAUAUGCUGCUCCAAGUUCGAUAUUAUAUGAUGAUUUACAACAUAUGCAAAAUACCUCAUCAUCAACAUGUACUAGUAAUAGUGAAACAAUUAAACGAAUUUAUCGUGUUUUAUAUGAUUUUACACCUAAAACAGAUGAUGAAUUAGAAGUUCAUGCAGGUGACUGUGUAUUAGUUGAAGGUAAAAUUGGUAAUGAUUGGAUGAUUGGACAAAUUAUUUCAAAUAAUCAAAUAAUUGAUGAAAAUGAUACAUUGAAAAUUACAAUAUGCAAUAAAAUUGGACGUUUUCCAACAUCAUAUGUUGCUUCAGCUAACAAUAGUUAA